UGCUGUCAUUAGUGCAUUUAGUAAAUGGGAAUAGGAAAUACAAUAUACAAUAAAUAGGAUUUUGCAAGUUUGUAAUGAGAAGAAGCUUCCAUUGAUCGGAAUGUGAGGUUGAUAGGGUGAUGAUAUCAAAUACAUCAAGCAACAAGCUCAAGGCUUCUAAAAGCUCAAGAGAUUUAGAUGAUUCAAAUAAAAAUAUAGACGAGGAAGCUUGCACGAAAAUUUCUAUUCGACAGCGUAGCGAUAGUCAUAAUGAGGAAAAACCCUUGUACACAGUGGUGUACUCGAGAGAUAGUCGAUAUAAAUCCACGAUGCGCGUCCGAUCUGGUUCGGACAUACGUGGGAAUAAAAGUUCUUCCGAGCGAAGAGGGUCUACACAAAGAACUAGAGGCACGUUGUUCAAAAAAUUUGAUUCGGAAAGUUACAAUUCUCGCAAAUUUCAAGAAUCGAUGAGUAUUAACAAAUCUAGUGAUGCGUUGAACAUAACCUCCAACUAUGGUAAAUACAAUGAAUACGAUAUUAAAACUGGAAUAAGCUAUAAUUUACCUGAAGAUCCGAGAAUUUCUAAGCUUUUAAGACGUCUUUGCGCCGAAACUGAUCCUGAUAAAGCAUUGUCAUUAUGCAAUAAGUUGCAAGAAAUGAUUGUGUUACCAGAUAAUGCAAGGUACAUUCGUAGGUCUUUUAAUAUUCUUGGUGAAAAUAUUAUUGAAGUGUUGAGGUCAGGUCCAGUUCCAUGUCGAGAAGAAGCAGCUCGAGCAUUGGGUAUGGGCUAUGUUCUGUGCCCAGAUUUUCAUCGAUAUUGGGUUUGGCUAGUGAACUGUUAUUCUUCCGAGGAAGUGGAGGUACGUGCAUUAUUAAUGAAAGCUUUAAACGAAACAUUACUUAUAGAUUCCAAACGACCAUCCCUACAUAAUGAUGCUAUGUCAACUAUGGAGCAUUUACAAAAUUUAUUGGAAAACACGCAUUCAUCUUCAAUAUUUACAGCAACGGUGGAAGUUAUUAUUCUUUUAUCAAAAACAUAUCCUGAAUCUUUAGGUCCAUUAUUUGUUGACAUGGUAGAUAUUUUAGUUGGCUGGCAUUUAGAUAUAGAACAAACUAAAGAUAUUAAAGAUUGUGCGGCCAAUACAUUACAAAAAUUACAUCUUUUUUGGAAAUCAGAUAUUAGCUUUUCUGAAUACAUACUUGGUCAAUUUGUUGAAGAUAUAGUUGCAUAUGGAGAUGAGUUAUCCCAGCCUUCAAGUGGACGUAAUACACCUGUUCAAGAUGCUCCUUCAACACCCUCUGAUUGUAUUAAACGCAUAUCUGGAUUAUUUGAGGUAUUCAAUACUGUUAUGAAAAGUCUAUCUGGAGCAUUAAAGGCUUUUCAAUUUUUAACAGAAUGUUUACAAAAAUUUUUGAAAACUAUUGAUCAGGUGGUCAGAGUACAAAUCAAUCUUGAAUUUAUACAAUGUGCCAAUGAAAGUCUGCAUUUAUUAUUGUCUUCUUUGAGAUCUAAAGUGCUGUCAAGCUCUGUUGAAGGAAUAUGUGAACUUAUUAAAUCAGAGUUGUCUUUAUGUUCAGAAUUCGAUGUGGCAACAAUUAUGUCACUUUUGGCUAUGAUUUCUCAAACUAUAAAAGAAGUGUCGGCUAGUUUGCCUGUUGCUUUAAUUGAUGUUAUUCUGGGAUAUGAUUCUGUAAUACUAUCUUUACGCUUGGCUCAACCAACAAAAAUACAAAAUGCUAUUGUGCAUGUGUAUCAAAACAUAUUGGCAUUAAGAAAUAUCCCUUUACUACAAAAGGCAUAUAAAUAUAUGCUGGAUGAUCUAUAUAUGGCAUUUAAAAUUAUUACAAAUGGUGCUAUCAGUUUAAUAAAUGAUAACCAAAGUAAGAAAGUUUACACAGUAUAUGAAUCAAAACUAAUAAUUCUUUUUUAUUUGAGAUGUUUAUCAGAAUUAGCUAAUGCUAGCAAUUCUAUCAUAGCAAUGUGGGCAUUGCAGCCUAGUAUCUUGGACUUAUUAGCUCUAAAAGCGCAGCCAUUCCACGAGACAUGGUAUGAGCAUCAUUCUGUACAAUAUUCAAUAUUAUAUUUACUUCAUGCGCAUAGUAAGAAUAACAAUUUUGUUGGCUCCAGCCAUUUAACAAUAUGCAGUCAGAAACGCGCCAAUGCUUAUAAUAUGUUAGGUAUAACAAUGAUUGAAGAUGAAACAAGUCCCACAUCUGGUCAUUAUAGUAUAAUCAUGAAUAUUUUGUCUAAAGCUUUAGAAACAUCAUUACCAAAUGAAACUUUAGAAUUAAUAUUGGAUUGGAGUCGAGAAUUUUUUAUUCACUCUGAGAACUUUGUUUCUACUUUAAUCAUGAAUGAAGAUUUUGUGGGACUCUUACAGAAACUGAUAAAAUGUGGUGCAUCUAUUGAUAACAGCAUAACUUCAAAAGUUCACGCAUGUCUUAUGGCUAUUUUUAAAAUGCCUGAUAUAAAAUGGCCCAUUAUCAUAUAUAAAUCAUUAUGUGACUUAUGUGCUUUGCAUAUUUGCAAUAACUCCGUAGAUAUUCGAAUGAAAUAUACUUCUUUAUUAUUUUUACUUCCUGUCACAGUUACUUUAGACUGCCUACCAAAUCCAAAAACAUUUUCAAAAGAUCGAUCUCAGUUGAUAAAAUCAAUACAGAAAUGGAAUUUUCAAAGUGGUUUAUGUGGCGAAAUGCUUCCAUUGUAUUUCAAAACCUUCAUGAACUAUAUGUUAAAUGGUAAAAUAGAAGAAAAUCAAUGGCUGCUUGAAAUUUUUCAAUUGAGCUGGCCUUUAAGACAAGGCAAUGCUAAGUUAUUUAAAAACCUUGCUCUAUGUGAUAAUCGACCGCUAGUGCUGUGGUCACAGUGGGAAUCUGCUCAAUUAUGCAUUGCUAAUAAAUUAAGAACACCUUUAGGAAAGCCACAGGAUACUUUCAUGAGCAUAGAGGGUGCUAUCAAAAUCUUGGCAAGGGUAUUUACAACAAUUGAUGAAACUCAUAGAAGCUUUGAUAAUAUAAUGGAGUUGAUUGAAGAGCAGAAACGAAUCAGGUUUUUAUUAGGUUUUAUGGAACAGCUUGAAAAGGCAAUUUAUAAUGCCGUUGAAGGCACUGCUAUGGCAUUACCACAACAUGAGAAAUCUGUAAAAACUUUUUUCCGAACAAAUGCUUCUACUUGUAGGGAAUGGUUAUCUAGGAUACGUUGUGCAGUAAUGGUUGUUGGGCUGCAUGGUAUGUCGAUGCCAAUAUGCAUUAGGCAAGGUGAAGCGUUAUUACAUGAAAUAACACUUUCUGGUAAUUAUGAAAAAGUCGAAUUUGAAAGAGUCAUAAUAAAAUUUGUUACAAGUUUAGUUUUUGCUAAUGAAGCUGCAGCUAUUUUCGGUUUAUACAGUUGGAUCAAACAAAAUGUGGGAAAGAAGUUGAACUGGCUGAAAUUUGUUGCUGAGGAAGCAAAUGGAAAAUAUGAAGAUGCACUAGAAGGAUAUCUACAAUUAACAUCAGAGGAUGAAUUCAAAAAUUAUGAUAAUCAACUUAUUAGCUUUAUCUGUGAUCGUAUUAAUGGUUGUUAUGUGAAAUUAGGGUUCUGGAGAGAUUUAUGUAAUUGGAAAAAAAUUGAACAGAAUUUGUGGGAAGAGCGUAAUAUGAAAAAUCCAAUGGUUAUACCCUUUAAUCAGUUUUCUGUUGAAGAAGCUACUGCACUAUACCUUUUUGAAGAUAAUGAUUUAUCAUACAUGGAACAUUUAUCGAAUUGGGAUUGCAUAGAAGUUAAUGAACAAAAUAAAUUGAAACAUUCAGAGUGUUCUUACAGUAAAAUACUAUCUAAAACUGAAAAUACUCUUUUGAAUAUUGCACUAAAAAUUACUUCCAAUAAAGAAUUAGUGAACUGCCCUACUGGUAUAUUCCAUGCUAUAAGAACUGCUGAAGGUUGUAUUCAAGAAAGCAUUCGAGACCCCCCUUCAGAAUAUCUCACUCAAGCUUUGCUUCUACAAAAUGUGUCAUAUGGUUUGCAAGAACUUUUGCGAAAUAAUACAUCAGUUUUCAAAAUUGUUCCGUUUGAUAACAGACACAGCUCAACGCUUCUGAAUAAAGUAUUAUGGUGGACUGAAUUUUUUAAUUCAUUGAAUGGUAGCUUCACUGAAGAAGUUGUAAAUCUUAGAUUAGAAACUGUUGCUGCAGCAAGACGAGAAGGAAAUUUCAAGCUUUCUAAAAAACUGUUACAGAAACAUUUCUUAUCAUCAAAUGACUUUACUUUUACGAAUGGAAACUUAGGAAAUGUUACAGAUUUUAUUAUCAAUAAUUCGAUUCAAAUUGAUGCUACUAAAAUAUGGACAAUAGAAAAUUCCAGGGCCAUAUCUGAAACUGCUAAACUUCUUCAUGCUACAUCAGAAAAUAGAGAAUUAGCAAUUCAAUUAGCUGCAGGAGCUUCAUUAGGAAUUUGUCAAAAGCUUGUUUCAACUAAUGAAAAUGCACACAUUAAAAGAAGAUCAUCAAGAAUUUUACUUACUUUGGCUAAGUGGAUACAAUUGCAAACAGAUAAACUUUUGACAACGGAUUUGACAGCACCUCUUACUCGUUUAGUGACUGCUUUGCCAGAUAUAGGGGCUGAAAGCAAUAAUUUACAUGAUCGAGUGUUCCUAUAUUGGAUGGUGCUAUGGGGCAGGAAAAUGAUAGAAUUAGGAACAACCAGUCUUUCUGAUUCUGAUAAAGUGGAAGUUAAAUCUGUGAUGCCUUCUGAUAUUGACAUAAAGCAAAUGGAAAGAAUUAUAAAUAUUCUAACUCAGACCAGAUCCAUAGUUGAUGAAGAAGACAUUGACACAAAUGUUAUUAAUACCAGUGAUAUGAUCGAAGCUCAAUUAAUGGAUGUUCCUUGUUUGAGUGAUAUGUCACGGGAAAAUAUUCUUGUGUUAGUGAAUAUUUGGAAGCAGUCACAAAAAAGAAUGUAUGGAUAUUAUGAGUUAGCUGCUGAUGCUUAUUUCAGCGCUACUUUAAGACUUUUACGGUUAAUAGUAAAACAUGCUAUGGGAUUGCAGGGGGUGUUGGAAUCAGGUUUAGCAGUAACGCCCACAAAACCAUGGAAAGCUAUCACACCUCAAUUAUUCUCCAGAUUGGAUCAUCCAGAAACUUAUGUUCGUCCAUUAUUUGUUGACAUGGUAGAUAUUUUAGUUGGCUGGCAUUUAGAUAUAGAACAAACUAAAGAUAUUAAAGAUUGUGCGGCCAAUACAUUACAAAAAUUACAUCUUUUUUGGAAAUCAGAUAUUAGCUUUUCUGAAUACAUACUUGGUCAAUUUGUUGAAGAUAUAGUUGCAUAUGGAGAUGAGUUAUCCCAGCCUUCAAGUGGACGUAAUACACCUGUUCAAGAUGCUCCUUCAACACCCUCUGAUUGUAUUAAACGCAUAUCUGGAUUAUUUGAGGUGGUCAGAGUACAAAUCAAUCUUGAAUUUAUACAAUGUGCCAAUGAAAGUCUGCAUUUAUUAUUGUCUUCUUUGAGAUCUAAAGUGCUGUCAAGCUCUGUUGAAGGAAUAUGUGAACUUAUUAAAUCAGAGUUGUCUUUAUGUUCAGAAUUCGAUGUGGCAACAAUUAUGUCACUUUUGGCUAUGAUUUCUCAAACUAUAAAAGAAGUGUCGGCUAGUUUGCCUGUUGCUUUAAUUGAUGUUAUUCUGGGAUAUGAUUCUGUAAUACUAUCUUUACGCUUGGCUCAACCAACAAAAAUACAAAAUGCUAUUGUGCAUGUAUGUUUAUCAGAAUUAGCUAAUGCUAGCAAUUCUAUCAUAGCAAUGUGGGCAUUGCAGCCUAGUAUCUUGGACUUAUUAGCUCUAAAAGCGCAGCCAUUCCACGAGACAUGGUAUGAGCAUCAUUCUGUACAAUAUUCAAUAUUAUAUUUACUUCAUGCGCAUAGUAAGAAAAAUAACAAUUUUGUUGGCUCCAGCCAUUUAACAAUAUGCAGUCAGAAACGCGCCAAUGCUUAUAAUAUGUUAGGUAUAACAAUGAUUGAAGAUGAAACAAGUCCCACAUCUGGUCAUUAUAGUAUAAUCAUGAAUAUUUUGUCUAAAGCUUUAGAAACAUCAUUACCAAAUGAAACUUUAGAAUUAAUAUUGGAUUGGAGUCGAGAAUUUUUUAUUCACUCUGAGAACUUUGUUUCUACUUUAAUCAUGAAUGAAGAUUUUGUGGGACUCUUACAGAAACUGAUAAAAUGUGGUGCAUCUAUUGAUAACAGCAUAACUUCAAAAGUUCACGCAUGUCUUAUGGCUAUUUUUAAAAUGCCUGAUAUAAAAUGGCCCAUUAUCAUAUAUAAAUCAUUAUGUGACUUAUGUGCUUUGCAUAUUUGCAAUAACUCCGUAGAUAUUCGAAUGAAAUAUACUUCUUUAUUAUUUUUACUUCCUGUCACAGUUACUUUAGACUGCCUACCAAAUCCAAAAACAUUUUCAAAAGAUCGAUCUCAGUUGAUAAAAUCAAUACAGAAAUGGAAUUUUCAAAGUGGUUUAUGUGGCGAAAUGCUUCCAUUGUAUUUCAAAACCUUCAUGAACUAUAUGUUAAAUGGUAAAAUAGAAGAAAAUCAAUGGCUGCUUGAAAUUUUUCAAUUGAGCUGGCCUUUAAGACAAGGCAAUGCUAAGUUAUUUAAAAACCUUGCUCUAUGUGAUAAUCGACCGCUAGUGCUGUGGUCACAGUGGGAAUCUGCUCAAUUAUGCAUUGCUAAUAAAUUAAGAACACCUUUAGGAAAGCCACAGGAUACUUUCAUGAGCAUAGAGGGUGCUAUCAAAAUCUUGGCAAGGGUUUUAUUAGGUUUUAUGGAACAGCUUGAAAAGGCAAUUUAUAAUGCCGUUGAAGGCACUGCUAUGGCAUUACCACAACAUGAGAAAUCUGUAAAAACUUUUUUCCGAACAAAUGCUUCUACUUGUAGGGAAUGGUUAUCUAGGAUACGUUGUGCAGUAAUGGUUGUUGGGCUGCAUGGUAUGUCGAUGCCAAUAUGCAUUAGGCAAGGUGAAGCGUUAUUACAUGAAAUAACACUUUCUGUUUUUGCUAAUGAAGCUGCAGCUAUUUUCGGUUUAUACAGUUGGAUCAAACAAAAUGUGGGAAAGAAGUUGAACUGGCUGAAAUUUGUUGCUGAGGAAGCAAAUGGAAAAUAUGAAGAUGCACUAGAAGGAUAUCUACAAUUAACAUCAGAGGAUGAAUUCAAAAAUUAUGAUAAUCAACUUAUUAGCUUUAUCUGUGAUCGUAUUAAUGGUUGUUAUUUUUCUGUUGAAGAAGCUACUGCACUAUACCUUUUUGAAGAUAAUGAUUUAUCAUACAUGGAACAUUUAUCGAAUUGGGAUUGCAUAGAAGUUAAUGAACAAAAUAAAUUGAAACAUUCAGAGUGUUCUUACAAAUUAGUGAACUGCCCUACUGGUAUAUUCCAUGCUAUAAGAACUGCUGAAGGUUGUAUUCAAGAAAGCAUUCGAGACCCCCCUUCAGAAUAUCUCACUCAAGCUUUGCUUCUACAAAAUGUGUCAUAUGGUUUGCAAGAACUUUUGCGAAAUAAUACAUCAGUUUUCAAAAUUGUUCCGUUUGAUAACAGGCACAGCUCAACGCUUCUGAAUAAAGUAUUAUGGUGGACUGAAUUUUUUAAUUCAUUGAAUGGUAGCUUCACUGAAGAAGUUGUAAAUCUUAGAUUAGAAACUGUUGCUGCAGCAAGACGAGAAGGAAAUUUCAAGCUUUCUAAAAAACUAAGAUCAUCAAGAAUUUUACUUACUUUGGCUAAGUGGAUACAAUUGCAAACAGAUAAACUUUUGACAACGGAUUUGACAGCACCUCUUACUCGUUUAGUGACUGCUUUGCCAGAUAUAGGGGCUGAAAGCAAUAAUUUGCAUGAUCGAGUUGUUCCUAUAUUGGAUGGUGCUGUAGGAAAACUACUGAAGAGCGCAGUAAGGCAAUGCCCAGAAUUGGCAAAGGCAUGGAAUGCGUUAGGAAAUUGGUCUUACAGAUGGGGCAGGAAAAUGAUAGAAUUAGGAACAACCAGUCUUUCUGAUUCUGAUAAAGCGGAAGUUAAAUCUGUGAUGCCUUCUGAUAUUGACAUAAAGCAAAUGGAAAGAAUUAUAAAUAUUCUAACUCAGACCAGAUCCAUAGUUGAUGAAGAAGACAUUGACACAAAUGUUAUUAAUACCAGUGAUAUGAUCGAAGCUCAAUUAAUGGAUGUUCCUUGUUUGAGUGAUAUGUCACGGGAAAAUAUUCUAGUGUUAGUGAAUAUUUGGAAGCAGUCACAAAAAAGAAUGUAUGGAUAUUAUGAGUUAGCUGCUGAUGCUUAUUUCAGAUAUCUCCAACUAUCAGCAGCAAAUAAUAAUGAACAAAGUUGUGCUUCUGUUAGCGCUACUUUAAGACUUUUACGGUUAAUAGUAAAACAUGCUAUGGGAUUGCAGGGGGUGUUGGAAUCAGGUUUAGCAGUAACGCCCACAAAACCAUGGAAAGCUAUCACACCUCAAUUAUUCUCCAGAUUGGAUCAUCCAGAAACUUAUGUUCGCAAAAGACUAUCUGAAUUGUUAUGUCGAGUUGCUGAAGAUUCCCCACAACUUAUUACAUUUCCGGCAGUUGUAGGUGCAUCUCAGGUAUUCAAAAAUUUAGAUGUGACAGAUUUAUCCAUGCGUUCUGAAGUCUAUAAUGAUGAUAUAGAUGAUAAUGAUUGCAUAUCCACUGCUGAACAAAUGGAAGACGUCGAGCAGGAUGCAACCUUGAACUUUUGUUUUGCAAGUAUGGUUGAUACAUUAUCAAAUCAAGCGCCUGAAACUGUUCAGCAAGUACAAUUGUUGGUAUCAGAGUUACGUAGAAUUACACUUUUGUGGGAUGAAUUAUGGUUAAUGUCAUUGGCACAAUUAAAUGGUGAGUUUGCAAGACGUAUAUCUCAGUUAGAGAAUGAACUCAGCAGAUUGAAGAAGAAUGAAAAUUUGGAUGAAUCAGAAAAAGAAAGAAUCGUGACAGAAAAAUAUAGAAUUAUUAUGAAACAAUUGCUAUUUGUUUUGGAGCAAUUGCACAAUGCUACUUCAAAGACUCCGGAAACACCAAAUGAAGAACAAUUUCAAGAAAGAUAUUUAUCUUCCAUUGAAAAUAUAUUGGAGAAUUUAAGACAACCAGUAGAUAUUUCAAAAUCAUAUCAAGGUUUUUGGGCACCAAUUAAAAAUUUGCAGAACAGUUUGCAACAACGUUCUCACAAGAAAACUUCAUACAAUCUGAAAAUGUCAGAAAUUAGUCCGGCUUUAUAUAAUUUGAAGAACACUGUAAUUUCUAUGCCUGGAUUACAAAGCAAAAAUCCUGUGACCAUUGUUGCCAUUGAGAAUAUGGUUUCUGUUCUACCAACCAAAACCAAACCUAAAAAAUUGAUAUUCUAUGGUAGUAAUGGCAAAAAGUAUACAUAUUUAUUCAAAGGAGUUGAAGAUUUACAUUUAGAUGAAAGGAUCAUGCAGUUCUUAUCAAUAGCUAAUACAAUGAUGUCUAGAAAAGAUUCUGCCCAAACAUAUCGAGCAAGGCACUACUCUGUAAUUCCUUUAGGAACAAGAUCUGGUCUAAUCAGUUGGGUGGAUGAAGUAACUCCUAUUUUUGGUUUAUACAAACGAUGGCAGCAACGCGAAUUAUUGAAUUUAACAAAAAAUAACACUGGCAACAAUGAAAAUAAAACUUCUGCAGUUCUAAGACCAACAGAAUUAUUCUACAAUAAAUUAAACCCCUUGCUGAGGGAAAAGGGUAUAAAGAGCACAGCAAAUCGGAAAGAAUGGCCAUUGGAUGUUUUGAAGCAAGUCUUGAAAGAGUUGAGUGCAGACACACCUGAUGAUCUACUGAGCAAGGAAAUUUGGUGCUGCAGUCAAAGUGCUGCGCAAUGGAGACAGGCUCAGUUGAGUUAUGCCAGAAGUGUAGCUGUUAUGAGUGUUAUUGGGUAUAUCAUAGGCCUUGGUGAUAGACAUUUGGAUAAUAUUUUAGUAGAAUUAGGAACUGGUGAAGUAGUACAUAUUGAUUAUAAUGUUUGCUUUGAAAAGGGACGUACACUCAGAGUUCCUGAAAAAGUACCAUUCAGGAUGACACCAAACUUGAAAAAAGCACUUGGGGUUACAGGAAUUGAGUCUUAG